GAAAGAGCCGCUGUGCACAGUGACUGAGCCCGGCUGAGAGCAGCCCGAGAGGGAAGUGCCGCUGUGCACAGUGACCGAGCCCGGCUGCGAGCAGCCCGAGGGGGAAGUGCCGCUGUGCACAGUGACUGAGCCCGGCUGCGAGCAGCCCGAGAGGGAAGUGCGGCUGUGCACACGCUCGGACUCUCCCCGUUCCGCUGUGCACACGCCCGGACUCUCCCCGUGCCGGGCCGGUUCCGCAUGCCCUCGCCCGCAGCCAUGGCUCGGCUGUGCCCCGCCGCUCCAGCCCUGCUGCUGGCCUCCCUUGCCCUGCUGCUCCACACGUCUCUGGCCGUGCAUCAUGUGCCGAUGCUGCUUUGGUCAACUCGGAGAUCACAGUGGGAUCCAGACACUGCAGUGCACGAAGGACAAGUUGUCUCAGCAGAGGAGCUGACAGCACUCUUGCAACCUGUUUUUACCCAAAACUCCAGAAAUCUCGUCUUGUUCCUGCAAGAUAGGCUUAGCAUAGAUGACUUCACAUACUUCAGUGAAUCCUAUGACAACAAGAAUCCAUUUCAAAAUGUUCAGGAAAUUCUUCAGUCUUCUCCUUCAUCUUUAGUUUUGCCAGCUGUUGAGUGCAAGGCUACCAGGUCUCUCCUGAAUGUUCUUCAAGAAUCAGGAGGUUGGAAGUUAACAAAUGUAACCAAUCUCAAUGUCUCUCAGCUGGAAGUGAAUGCAUCUUACCCAAACUUACUGGUGGUUCAGCUACAACCACUUGCCAGUGAUUUAAAAGAGAUUUCCACCCUGGAAACACUUGCUGAAAAUGACAAAAUUAUUGGAAGAGUGACCAUGGCUCUGCAGGAACGUGGGAUUCAUUUUUCAGUCAUUUAUACUGCAGUGAGACCUUCAAGGAUUUCUAGAAGAACCGAUGCGGUGGCAGAAUUAAGACGACAAUUAAUGGCUGCUGAGGAAGAAGAAAGUUUAUCAUAUCCUCCUCUGAAUGUAACCACUGGAAAUUAUACAUGCAUCCUUUUUUAUGCUAGUAAUUUCAGCCUCAAAGCCAACAGUUCAGUUUUAAUAGAUUUGACAAACGCAACAUUUUUAACACAGAGUGUGGAUAUUUCUGCCUCUGAGUGCUCAGACAGCAACACAACACUGUCAUUAAAAUACACAAGACCAGUGAAUGGAAUCAGCAGCCUAGAGAUAAGGUUUUUAAUGACCAACAGGUUCUAUGAAGUCUCGGCUAGAAGAUGGUUCACUUUAGAUUCAGUUGAGAUUGUACAAGAUGGAGAAAAGUUAGCUAAAUUUAAUGUUUCUGGCAUCUCUGCCCCUGCAGAGUAUUCAUUUCAUUGUCAGCUGGUGGGAACAAGCAAUCUCUAUCCUGCAAGGCUGGUUCCAUCCAACAAUGAGGCAAGAAAUUGGGAUGUUUUCAUUUCCAAGUUGCAAAUUCAAGGCUUCAACGUUGUAAACAACCAGUUCUCCUAUGCAAGUGACUGUACAGGUUUCUUCACUCCAGGAAUUUGGAUGGGCUUAGUGACAUCUAUAAUUUUACUGUGGAUCCUGACCUAUGGCAUCCAUAUGAUCAUGCAGCUCACAACAAACAACAGAUUUGAUGAUCCCAAAGGUCCAGCUCUAUCAGUUCCUCAGACAGAAUAGCCAUGGAUUGACUUAAUCUGGCUUUUCCUGGUCUAGUGUUUAUGAUUUUUAUAACCUUUUUACUUUAAAAUAUGUUUAACUUAAAAAAGAUAUCAUAGGAAAACCAGAUGAUGAAACUACAUAUAAAAGUUAUCUUUGUGCUUAGAUAAAAUAAUAAUUCUAUCUGUUAUUAUGAUCAUUUGUUAACAGCUUUUUGUGUUAAGGUUCUGAAGUGAGACUGUAGAUUACUCUCUCUGGCUAUCAGAAAGACCAUUAAAAACUUCCUUCAGAUUAACUUCGAUUGGCAAAGAAAACAAACAUACCAAAACACAGAUAAUUGGGAGGGAUAAAAUAUUGAUGAGAAAUUAUAUAUUAAAAAUACUGGUCUCUCUAAAGGCUCUUUAGUGUCAUGAUGAUGCUACGUCUCAGGAAAUUUUAACUGUGUUUUGAAAUUUUUUCUCUUGAGUAAAACAUUCGGAAAGGUACAGAAUUAAUAAAGUAUAAUUCACUAAAUAAAUAGUUCUGCGGAGUCUAUUCAAGAUACAUCACUUUGUUCAGAUGUGGCAUCACAAAGGAGAGUGGGAAGAUUAAGGUUUAGCUUCCAUCUACUCUUACCUUACGCUUGUGAGAAUUACGUUGAAUAAUCAUUGAGUAAUGCUGACAUGUGUUUGCUUUAGCAAUGGACAGCUGAUGGGAGAUCAGUCAGGGGCAGAUAGGUCCUUGUCCAAACUGAUCACAAAAUUAGAUUUGGUGUCAUGGCAAUGAAUGCAAAUUUUCAAGUUGAGAACCUAUGAUGAUUCAAUGUGCUGGUCAGACAGCAUCUUAACAAAGAUAAGGUAGUUUUCUUAGCCUUCUUCAUUUUCCAGGCAUCUUUGGAAAUGUUAUGAAGUUCACAAUAAAAAAAAAUAAAAUUAUAUAAAAUCCUUAGAA